ACACAAAACCCUUCCGUACCCAUCCCUCCCCUCAAAGCGCAGCUGCUCUCGCCUCACUCGGUCUUCUCCUCUUUUUAACAUUUGCUCUCUGCGUUUCCAGAGCCACCGCUGUCUGAUACAAUAUGCAUUCCAAUCACUUGCUUCUCGAGGAGCCCAUUAGGAUGGCUACUGUUCUGGAGCCAUCCAAGGCCACUUUCUUUCCUGCAAUGACAAAGAUCGUGGGGACGCUGGGCCCCAAGUCUCGAUCCGUUGAGGUUCUUUCCGGCUGCCUCAAGGCUGGAAUGUCAGUGGCCCGCUUCGACUUCUCGUGGGGCGACCCGAAGUAUCAUCAGGAGACUCUCGAGAAUCUGAGGGCCGCUGUGAAGACUACUAAGAAGCUUUGUGCCGUUAUGCUGGACACGGUGGGACCUGAGUUGCAAGCUGUUAAUAAAAGUGGAAAAUCUAUUUCGCUUCUGAUGGACGCUUCUGUUGUUCUGACACCUAAUCAAGAUUUAGAAGCCUCUUCAGAUGUAUUGCCCAUUAAUUUUGAUGGGCUGUCAAAGGCAGUGAAGAAAGGAGACACCAUUUUUAUGGGUCAAUACCUGUUCACUGGAAGUGAAACUACUUCUGUUUGGCUGGAGGUUUCUGAAGUGAAUGGGGAGGAUGUUGUUUGCAUUAUAAAGAACUCAGCGACACUGUCUGGCUCAUUGUUCACUUUGCAUGCCUCUCAAAUUUGCAUCGAACUGCCUACUCUCUCUGAUCAAGAUAAGGAGGUUAUAAGCACCUGGGGCGUGCAAAAUAAAAUUGAUUUUCUCUCACUAUCAUAUACCCGGCAUGCAGAAGAUGUUCGCCAGGCCCGUGAGCUCCUUUCUAAGUUGGGUGAACUCAGUCAGACACAAAUUUUUGCAAAGAUUGAAAAUAUAGAGGGGUUAACCCAUUUUGAUGAGAUCCUACAAGAAGCAGAUGGAAUUAUCCUUUCCCGUGGGAAUUUGGGCAUAGAUCUUCCACCUGAGAAGGUAUUUUUAUUUCAAAAAGCUGCCCUUUACAAGUGUAACAUGGCUGGAAAGCCUGCAGUGCUUACUCGUGUUGUGGACAGCAUGACUGACAACUUGAGACCAACUCGUGCAGAAGCAACUGAUGUUGCCAAUGCUGUAUUGGAUGGAAGUGAUGCAAUUUUGCUGGGUGCUGAGACUCUACGUGGGUUGUACCCUGUUGAGACUAUUUCUAUUGUGGGCAAAAUUUCUGCUGAGGCAGAGAAGGUUUUCAAUCAAGACCUUUAUUUCAAGAAGACUGUCAAAUAUGUUGGAGAGCCAAUGACCCACCUGGAAUCUAUUGCUUCCUCUGCAGUAAGAGCUGCUAUUAAGGUGAAAGCAUCUGCUAUUAUUUGUUUCACUUCUUCAGGAAGGGCUGCGAGAUUGAUCGCCAAGUAUAGGCCAACAAUGCCAGUUCUAUCUGUUGUCAUCCCCCGGCUUAAGACAAAUCAGCUGAAAUGGAGCUUUAGUGGAGCCUUUGAGGCAAGACAAUCACUUAUUGUCAGAGGGCUCUUCCCCAUGCUUGCGGAUCCAAGACAUCCUGCGGAGUCAACAAGUGCUACGAAUGAGUCAGUUCUAAAGGUUGCACUUGAUCAUGGAAAGACAGCGGGAGUCAUUAAGUCACACGAUCGAAUUGUAGUGUGCCAGAAAGUUGGGGAUGCAUCUGUGGUGAAGAUCAUCGAGCUUGAGGAUUAAAUAUGCAUCUCUUCUCCUCAGUUUUGGGGUAUAACUUAUAAUUUUGUUUUUAAGAAAAAUGGUGCUGCAUUGUUGGCUUGCUGUCACCCAAUUAAGUGAUGUAUAUCCAUCCAGGUCACGGGAGACGUAACUGGCUUGUGCCCAGACAUGUAUUAAGAAUGUUGUACACUCGGGGCAAUUAUUUUGGUUUAUUGGAAGUUAGUCGUGGAACUGGAAAA